AUGGCGCGGUUCGAGGUGAACGGCAAGUCGGUGGAGGGCGUGGACCUGCUGCGGCGGCGCCACUGGACGGCGCGCCUCGACUUCUGGCCCUUCCUCGCGCUCUACGCGCUCUGGCUGCUGCUCGCCGUCCCGGCGCUCGACUUCACCGACGCCCUCGUCAUCCUCGGCGUGCUCUCCGCCUCCCACAUCCUUGCGUUCCUCUUCACCGCUUGGUCCGUCGACUUCCGGGCCUUCGUCGGGCACUCCAAGGUUAAGGAUAUCCAUGCGGCGAACGCGUGCAAAUUAAUCCCAGCGAAGUUCCUGGGGUCAAAAGAAAUUGUGCCUCUGCAUAUACAGAAAACUGUUGCCUCAUCGUCGACUUCAGGUGAGACGGAGGAGAUCUACUUUGAUUUCCGGAAGCAGAGAUUCUUUUAUUCGGCAGAGAAAGACAACUUUUUCAAGCUCCGUUACCCGACAAAGGACUUAUUUGGGCAUUAUAUCAAGGGCACCGGGUAUGGAACAGAGGCCAAGAUUAACACUGCUAUGGACAAGUGGGGGAGAAACAUAUUUGAGUAUCCACAGCCCACAUUUCAGAAAUUAAUGAAGGAGCAAUGCAUGGAGCCAUUUUUCGUUUUCCAGGUUUUCUGUGUUGGCCUUUGGUGCCUGGAUGAGUAUUGGUACUACAGUUUGUUUACACUUUUCAUGCUCUUCCUAUUUGAGUCUACUAUGGCAAAGAAUAGAUUGAAGACAUUGACUGAGCUUAGGCGUGUGAAAGUUGAUAAUCAGAUUGUGUUGACUUACCGCUGUGGAAAAUGGGUUAAAAUCUCAGGCACAGAACUACUACCUGGAGAUAUUGUGUCAAUAGGCCGCUCGCCUAGUGGUGAAGAUAGAUCUGUACCAGCAGAUAUGCUAUUACUGGCUGGAUCUGCCAUAGUAAAUGAAGCUAUUCUUACAGGAGAGUCUACUCCACAGUGGAAGGUCUCAGUUGCUGGCCGUGGCCCUGACGAAAUGUUAUCGAUAAAGAGAGAUAAGAAUCAUAUCCUAUUUGGUGGCACGAAGAUACUGCAACACACGCCAGAUAAGUCUGUAAAUCUUCGGGCACCUGAUGGUGGUUGCUUAGCUUUUGUAUUGAGAACUGGAUUUGAGACUAGCCAGGGAAAAUUGAUGAGAACUAUCUUAUUCUCAACUGAGAGGGUUACUGCAAAUAGCAAGGAAAGUGGGUUGUUUAUACUAUUUUUGCUAUUCUUUGCGAUAAUUGCAUCAGGCUAUGUGCUUAUGAAGGGACUGGAGGAUCCCACAAGAAGCAGAUAUAAACUUUUUUUAAGUUGUUCACUGAUUCUGACUUCUGUGAUUCCUCCUGAACUGCCAAUGGAGCUGUCCAUAGCAGUCAAUACAUCUUUAAUUGCUUUAGUACGGCGUGGCAUUUUCUGCACGGAACCAUUCAGAAUACCAUUUGCUGGGAAGGUUGACAUAUGCUGCUUCGAUAAGACUGGAACAUUGACAUCGGAUGAUAUGGAGUUCCAAGGAGUUGUUACUUUGGAAAGCGACGCAGAAUUAAUAUCUGACGCAAAUAAGUUGCCUCUCCGCAUUCAAGAAGUGCUAUCCAGCUGCCAUGCAUUGGUAUUUGUGGACAACAAACUGGUUGGCGACCCCCUUGAAAAAGCUGCAAUAAAAGGCAUAGACUGGAUCUACACCUCUGAUGAGAAAGCCAUGUCUAGGAGGCCUGGUGGCCAACCUGUACAGAUUGUACACAGAUAUCACUUUGCUUCUCACUUGAAGAGAAUGUCUGUUAUUGUCCGUAUCCAGGAGAAAUUUUAUGCUUUCAUAAAGGGUGCACCCGAGACCAUUCAGGAGAGGUUAGUUGAUCUACCUGCUGCAUAUGUGGAAACAUACAAAAAAUACACGCGUCAGGGCUCCCGGGUCUUGUCUCUUGCGUACAAACUGCUUCCGGAGAUGCCUGUUAGUGAAGCUAGAAGUCUGGAAAGGGAUCAAGUGGAGAGUGACUUAAUUUUUGCUGGUUUUGCGGUCUUCAACUGUCCUAUAAGGAGUGAUUCUGCCGCUGUCUUGCUUGAACUGGAACAAUCUUCCCAUGACUUGGUAUAUCCCGUUCUUAAAGUUAUGAUCACUGGGGACCAAGCUUUGACUGCUUGUCAUGUUGCUAGCCAAGUGAAUAUCUGUUCGAAGCCGGUUCUAAUUUUAACACGGAUGAAGACUAGUGGAUUUGAGUGGGUUUCUCCCGAUGAAACUGAUAGAGUUCCAUACAGAGCUGAGGAGGUUAAAGAAUUAUCAGAAUCACAUGAUCUUUGCAUUAGUGGGGACUGCUUUGAAAUGCUACAAAGGACCGAUGCUGUUGUCCAAGUCAUUCCUCAUGUGAAGGUUUUUGCGCGCGUUGCUCCUGAACAGAAAGAACUUGUACUGACAACAUUUAAGACUGUUGGGAGGAUGACACUGAUGUGUGGAGAUGGAACCAAUGAUGUUGGUGCACUGAAACAGGCACAUGUUGGCAUAGCUCUGCUAAAUGCUGAACCGGUGCAGAAAGCUGGCUCGAAAUCUCAGUCAUCCAAACUUGAAAGCAAAUCAGGGAAGCUGAAAAAACCGAAACCUGCUAACGAGUCAUCAUCACAAUUGGUUCCACCAGCUAGCAGUUCCGCUAAAGCACCUAGCAGCCGCCCCUUGACUGCUGCUGAGAAACAGCGCGAAAAGCUGCAGAAGAUGUUAGAUGAAAUGAAUGAUGAAAGUGAUGGCCGCUCAGCACCGAUUGUAAAGCUUGGGGAUGCAUCCAUGGCCUCACCUUUCACAGCAAAGCAUGCCUCUGUUGCCCCCACGCUUGAUAUCAUCCGCCAGGGGCGAAGCACCCUAGUCACUACACUCCAAAUGUUCAAGAUUCUUGGACUCAACUGCCUUGCAACAGCAUACGUUCUCAGUGUAAUGUACUUGGAUGGUGUGAAACUGGGUGAUGUUCAAGCUACAAUCAGUGGUGUCUUCACUGCAGCAUUCUUCCUCUUCAUUUCCCAUGCUCGCCCACUUCAAGCACUGUCGGCAGAGCGCCCCCAUCCUAACAUCUUCUGUGCAUACGUCUUCCUGUCCAUUCUCGGCCAGUUUGCAAUGCACUUGUUCUUCUUGAUGUCAGCUGUCAACUUAGCAUCCAAGUAUAUGCCAGAGGAAUGCAUCGAGCCUGAUUCAGAGUUCCAUCCAAACCUGGUCAACACAGUUUCAUACAUGGUGAACAUGAUGAUCCAGGUGGCAACCUUUGCUGUGAACUACAUGGGCCACCCGUUCAACCAGAGCAUAUCGGAGAACAAGCCAUUCAAGUAUGCUCUCUAUUCAGCUGUUGUUUUCUUCACGGUGAUCACAUCGGAUAUGUUCAGGGAUCUGAACGACUACAUGAAGCUAGAGCCCUUGCCUGAAGGAAUGAGGGGCAAACUGCUGCUCUGGGCUAUGCUUAUGUUUUGCGGCUGCUAUGGAUGGGAGCGGUUUUUGCGGUGGACAUUCCCAGGCAAGAUGCCAGCGUGGGAGAAGCGCCAGAAACAAGCGGUUGCAAACCUAGACAAGAAGCAGGCAUAG